GAAACGAAACUUUGGACGAGGCAGAAGAAUGUAUGCUAGAAUCUUACUGCACUAAAGCCAGAAUUCAAGAUGGGAUGGAGAUUCUCGAUUUGGGUUGUGGAUGGGGUAGUUUAUGCUUGUAUCUAUGUGAGAAAUAUCCGAAUGCAAAGAUCACUGCGCUAUCCAAUUCCAAUACUCAACGUGAACAUAUUAAUGAUUUGGCUAAACAAAAAGGAUUCAAAAAUUUGAAUGUUAUCACAUCCGAUAUUAAUGAAUUCGAUUUCGAAACUGGAUCCAGAUUUGAUCGCAUAUUGUCAAUCGAAAUGUUUGAACACUUGAAAAAUUAUGAAUCUCUUCUAAAGAAGCUUUCUGGAUGGCUUAAACCACAUGGGUUAUUGUUCUUUCAUAUAUUUUGCCAUCACGAACAACCAUAUGAUUUUAUGGUUGAGGAUGGAUGGAUGGGGAAAUAUUUCUUUACCGGUGGGACAAUGCCAUCCGCAGAUUUAUUUCUUUAUUUCCAAAGCAAUUUCAAGGUAAUCGACCAUUGGAUUGUUAAUGGUAGUCAUUACGGCAAAACCUCCGAGGAAUGGGUGAAAUUGUUAGAUAAAAAUAAGAGGAUAGCAUUGGAAUAUUUGAAAAUAACCUAUGGUCAAGAAAAUGCGUUUGCCUGGUUUAACAGAUGGCGUACAUUUUAUAUUGCCGUAGCCGAAUUGUUUAAUUAUAAUAAUGGGAAUGAAUG